CGUAGUUUCCCCUCGGCGGCCCUGCCUUUCGCCUGGUUAGAAAACUACACGCCCCGGCAUGCCGUGUGGCGCCUCAAGGAGGUGCCCGCAGCGUGCUUCUGUUGCCAUGGCCACCUCCCUUCCUUGGGUGUUCCAGUGUGUGGUGGGGCAGAAGCCAGCAGGGGCUCGGGCGCUGGAGGCGGCGGCAGAGAUGGCGGCUUCUGCUGUAUCCGUGCCCAGCACGACCGCGAAGAUGUGCGCCCAGUGGAAUUACAGUAAAGCCGCCUUGCAGGCUCCUCCCAUGGAUUUCUCCUUCCGGGGCAUCAGCUUCAUGCAAGACAUGCUGACAGAGGAGCCCCGCCCUGGCCUGAAGCCCAUCAAGGUGACUGAAGAGGGCCGGCUGCUGACACAGGCCGUCCGGCUCAACAACAACACACUCAGCGACCUGACAGACUUCACAGAGAUCCUGGGGAAGCUGCUGGAGUAUCCUGAGGAGAUCUAUUGGAUUGACCUGUCCUUCAACGACCUGCCCAUCAUUGACCCGGUACUGACCACCUUCUACAACCUCCGCACCCUCAACCUGCACGGAAACAGCAUCCAGCAUCUGUCUGAAGUGGACAAACUGGCUAUCCUUCCAAACCUGCGCAGCCUGACUCUGCAUGGCAACCCUGUGGAAGAGGAGAAGGGCUACAGGAGCUACGUUCUGUCCACCCUGCCGCAGCUGAAGUCCUUUGAUUUCAGUGGCGUGACGAAGCUGGACCGCUCGACUGCCAGUGUUUGGAGGCGCAUGAACAUCAAGCCCAAGAAGGUCAGGAGGAGGCCAAAGGACUACUGACCACCGCCCAACGGCUCUGUGCAGCCCAGAAGGGGCCAACAGCGGCAGAGGUGCUAACUGGGUGUGGAGAAGGUGCCUUGGAGGCAGCGCCCUCCUUUCCAAGCAAGCAGCAGAGCGGCUUCAUGUGGCAGGGGAUGGCCACCAAAGUUCAGGGCUCACUGGUCGCAGGGAGGCGGGGGCAGAAUACAGGAUAAGUAGCGCUCUGGGCAAUGUCCAUGUCAAAUAAAGUGUGCCAACCAGUCUCCACCUUCCCA